AUGGCCCGCGCGGUAGUGUCUGACUCUUCGGCAGCUGCGGAACCGCAAGGUUUGCGCAUCGAUAUCCUCGAUACAAGGGAGGCUUUUGAAGAAGUUGAAAGCGUUUUCAGAUUUACUAAGAUCGUCAUUAUUUUCAAAAGCGGCGAAGAGAUCUACCACGCGGCUGUUCCUUCGUCAGAGCCCAUAUCAUCGGAACUCAGCGAAACCCAGCUAAUCAACAAAUUGCUGAUACCCACCGCGGCGUACAAGCCGCCGUUCUCGCGUACCUUUACUAGAGCUCCAGACCCGUUGCCGUCCAAUACGUACAUCAAAACACCAAGUCUACUAUCAUACGACCAAGUUCAUAACGGCCCCCAACCCAACCAGAUCGCUAACGACGUCCUGAAUGAAGUUCGGAUUUGCGAGCUUCUGAAAGAAAGCCCGCACCCUAACCUCGCGAAAUAUGUCGGCUGUCAAGCUUACGAUGGCAACAUUAGCGGCAUAUGUUUUGUGAGGUACGGAAAGACGUUGAUGGAGGCCGUCAAUCCUCGCGGUUUAAUGAAGAGAAAGUUCAGCACGACUCACCGAGAUCUAGGUGACUUUGGCCGAGGAUUACAGUGGAUCCAGGCCGGCAUCGCGCAUCUUCACUCCCUUGGUAUUGUACACAACGACAUUAAUCCAAGUAACAUCACGAUUGAUAGAGAUGACUGGGUCAUCAUCGACUUUGGAUCAUGUCGCAAAUUAGGGGAGAGUCUGGUUGGUGUGGGCCGGACGUACGAGUGGUAUGAUGAGGCGAUUCAACAUUCUUGCCCUGAAAACGACCUCAAUGCGCUGCUUGAGAUUCGUACCUGGCUGCGGGGAGCCCCAGCAGACGCGUUUCAAUUCACUGAAUAG